AUGUUUAAUUUCCCUAACAAUAUUUUGUUAUGGUUGUUACAAGCUUUAGGAUUUCCUAGUCAAAUUACUAUAGAAACAGUCUUUGAAAGUCAACCAUCUGGAGUUAAGGUGAUGGAUCAAGAGGAUAUGGGUGAGGAGGACAUGGAUCAACAUGAUAUGGCUGAGGAGAGCAUGGAUCAACAUGAUAUGAGUCUAAAGGUCAUGUAUCAAGAGGUCAUGGAUCAAGAGGACAUGAAUAAGGAGGAAAUCAAUACAUACAGAAUGGGUGUACAGGGGAUGUGUAACAUCCGGAAUCCCAGGAUGGCUUAG